UCCGCUGCUGUUUCCGUCGGACACGGCUUCAAAAAAUCUCCCGCCGGAAGCCGAACCGGAGAAACUUCACGCUUCUCUUCUGACUGCGGGGUUAAAUUCACUGUCACGAGUCAAAAUGAAGUUUCGAGGGAAAAUCAUAGACAUCGCGUGUCUGAACCAUUUCACCCGAGUCAUCACCACCAUCUCGAAGCUGACGAAGAUGUGCGUCCUGCGACUGACUCCAGACAACCUGUUCUUCGUCCUGUCGGGUAAAGUGGCCAACGGAGGGGUCAGCAUGUGGUGUGAGCUGUCACAGGCCAACUUCUUCGAUGAGUACCAGAUGGAGGGCGUGUCCUCUGAGGACAACGAGAUUUGUCUGGAGGUGACUCCGGAGAACCUGUCCAGAGCCCUGAAGACGGUCCAGAACGCCAAGGCCGUCAAAGUGAAACUGACCAAGAAGCACUGCCCCUGCCUGACCAUCGCAGCCGAGCUGCCCACCCUGUCCAGCGUCAGUCGAGUCGUCACUCACGACGUCCCGGUUGACGUCAUCCCCCGGAGACUCUGGCACGAAUUCAAAGAACCGAGCAUGCCGGACUUCGAUGUCAGUAUCUACCUGCCUCCUCUGAAGACAAUGAAGAACGUCGUGGACAGAAUGAAGAACCUCUCCAACUUCCUGGUAAUGGAGGCCAACCUGAACGGAGAGAUGAACCUGAAGAUCGAGACAGAUCUGGUUUCUGUCACCACUCACUUCAAAGACCUGGGAAACCCUCCGUGGGGUGAUGACGCCUCACAGGACGGUGGUCCGUCUCAGAGCCGGGACCCAGAGGCCAUGGCCCAGGCCAGGGUGGACAUCAGGAAGCUGCAGCAGUUCCUCAUGGGACAGCAGGUCAACCCCAGCAAGGCCAUGUGCAACAUCGUCCAUGAGAGGGUGCUCCACCUGAUUCUGCUGCAUGAAGACGUGUCUCUGCAGUAUUUUAUCCCCGCUGUGGCGUAGACGCUCUGCUGACCGCUCAAACUAUUUCUGCGUAUUGAGUUUGGAGAAAUGGAAAAAACGGGCUGUGAACCUCUUUCAGGAUCCUGUUUGCACACUUCGGCAAAGGAAUCCUCUUUUGCGUGAAACCCAUGAGACAAAACUCACGAUGGGAUUCUGAGAGUCUGUCCUACAUUUUAAUGAGACUGAGGCCGGGUCCAGUCCCGGUCAGUGGACCUCGGGAGGACUUUACCCACUGACUUUGAUGGGAGUAAGGACAUGCUGGUUGACAAACAAAUGGCACAUUAAAUGUUUGAGAAGAAGUUUGGAUCGCUGUGCCAGAGAGGUUUGUCCUUGCAUGUAUGUGCAUGUCGACAUGCUGGUAGAAGUAGGAGGCCUGACCCUUUAAUCCACUGGGGAAAAAUACAGGUAAUGUCAGGUAAUAAGCGCUGACGACUGGCUCUUUUCACAGAAUGCGUUUUGACACAUUGCUGUAGGAAAGGCAGGAAAAUAAUGAUGGCUAGAUUCCAUUUAGCUCCUUGAGUUUGAGCGUCCUCUUUAUGCUGUCAUGUCUUAUUGGUCAUUGUUAAUGCAGCACAGGUGUUGUCGAUGUAACACCUCUGCUUUUCCUUCUAUGGUCAGUCCAAAAGGUUUUCAGCAUUUUAGUUUCUUUCUUACUAAUGUAACAGUGUUCAUCUGUCAUGUCCUUGUUAAUCAAAUAAUAAAAUGAAACUUUGAAAAAUC